AUGACUUAUGGAGAAUCAUUAUAUAAUAAUGAUGUUAAAGAUUUUGACAUUCUUACAAGAAACAAAAGACAAUAUGGUGGUUGGGGUUGGGGUAGAAGAAUGGGAAUGAUGAGACCAUGGGGUGGUAUGGGAGGUAUGCGUGGUAUGGGAAUGUAUCCAGGAAUGGGAGGAAUGGGUAUGAUGAAUCCAAUGAUGAUGUGGGGUUAG